UUUUCUUGGUCACCAUCACGUCAAUCGUGCAGUAUAUUGCAUUAUGACACAUUUGUUACCAGCUAAUUUGCUGAAACUAUUCGCUCCUAGACCCCCGCUACCAUAUGCUAAACCUCUAGAGAGAGAUCCAACACGCUCAAAGUCUAACGCACAAUCUGGAAUCGGCGAGAUUUUGCAUUCCCUCAAGGAAGAGCAGGAAGAUAGGCGGGCGAAGCAGAAUGGAAUAUUAGACGAGGAUAUCGAAUCAAAUGAUCUACAAGUUAAGCUUGCAGAAGUCUAUCAAGUAGCUAUAAGGAAGGCUGAACGACAGAAGAAACGUCAGGAGAACUUCAAAAGAGCUUUAGAGCACUACAAACCAACAGAAGAUAUUGAAGCUAUUGGUGAUCCGUUCAAGACACUCUUCAUAGCGAGGUUGUCUGUUGAAACUACCGAGAGUGACCUUCGUAAGGAGUUUGAAGUUUACGGUCCUAUUGAGAGAGUUAGAAUUGUCAGACAUAAAGACACAGGAAAGAGUCGUGGCUAUGCUUUCCUCAUAUUCGAGAAAGAGCGCGAUAUGAAAGCCGCAUACAAGGAUGCAGAAGGCCUUAAGAUUCAUGGAAAGAGGAUAUUAGUAGAUGUUGAACGUGGGCGUACAGUUAAAGGAUGGAAACCACGCAGAUUGGGCGGUGGACUGGGUGGUAAACCUAAAGUUGUUAUCCCUGACAUUGCUCCUCCAAGGGCACCACGUGGUGGUGGUGGAUUCAGAGGUGGUCCACGUAGAAGUGAAGGUGGUGGAAGAUUUGGUCCACCAGGGGGCGGUCGAUUCGGACGGGAUCGCGAUGGACCGCCGCGAUUUGACAGAGACAGAAGCCACGGAGAUCGUGAUAGAUACGGUGAUAGAGACCGCGAUCGUGACAGAGACCGUCCAAUGCGCCAAUGGGGUGGUCCACCUAGGGAUCCACCGAGAAGGUCAUUUGGCGGCUUCAAAAGGGAAUAUGAAGGUGGAGACGAUCGCGAUUCAAAGCGUUAUAGGUAUUAAAUUAAAAAUUAUUGUAACAAACAAU